GUUUCCUAUUCUCCCAAUUCUAUUUUAUUCUAUUCUCACCCAACCGAUCAUUGGCUGUCGAUAAUAAGAGAAAGAAGAAAACCCAAUCGAACAAAGAAAAAGGAAAAGUAGAAGAGAUUGAGGGAAACGAGGAUAUGACUCGCAUUUUCAGCGGCUGCCUCGCCUUCCUCCUCAAGUUCUUCAAUUUUCUCCAAGCCUUCGUCGGUAUCUCAAUCUUGAUUUACUCCUUAUGGUUGCUCAACCUCUGCCGUCGCCACGACUUUCCUCUCGAUGUCGAGCAUCUUCCCGCUCCAUGGUUUGUGUGUGUUUCGAUGGGAGUAGGCAUCUGCCUAUGUUUGAUCACGUUCAUAGGGCAUGUCGCCGCUGAAGCAAUCAACGGUUGUUGUCUCUGCUUCUAUACAAUGUUGAGCACCACGUUGAUUAUACUAGAAGUAAUUCUAGUUGGUGGUCUGGUUCUAAACAAGCACUGGGAAGAGGACCUUCCAUAUGACUCUACUGGAGAACUAAAAAGGGUUCGUACAUUUAUAGAAGAUAACAUGGACACAUGUAAAUGGGUUGCUUUAGGAGUGAUCAUUAUUCAGGCACUGUCACUUCUAUUGGCAAUGGUGUUACGAGCCAUGAUUCCUUCUAGGAGGAUGGAAUAUGACAGUGAUGAGGAUUUUGUUGUCAUAAGGAGACCUCUUUUAAACCCACAGGGUGGCCCCCCUUAUACCACAAAUUCCAUUGACAACAAAGGGCUUCACUCAGACAUUUGGGGCUCAAGGAUGAGACACAAGAGUCAAAUGGCUCACUACUUUCGUUGGUACACAGUAUGGAUUGAAUCAGGGUGAGCUCACAUGUAACACGGUGGAUCCAGCGACACAAUGCCCAUGAAUUGGUAGUGGAAGGCGCAUUAGCAUGAAGCGUUCGCCUCCUGUGACACAUCCAUUCUAUGUAUAGCUCUGGAAUUGGGAUCUCUGAUGGCUCGCAGUUAUCGUGCUAUUGUUUCGCGUCGCUGUAAUAUGUGUUAUAAUCUUGGGCUGCACUGAUCAUGUAAUUAUUCGGAGAGAACCAUUGGGCUAUCGAGGACUGAGCAUGCUUGCGACUUUUCUGUAACCUGCCAUAUCUUCUCUGCAUUAAUCUCUGUGACAGAAGUAUGAUUA